GUUAGUCGCCAUUUUGAGGAGUGCGACCUGCAAACACCGGUAGGACGCGGUUGUUAAGCAGUAAGUCUAAAACGUAUUUUUAAGUUUUUGCUGAUAUAAGGAUCAAUGUCUCGAUUUAACAAUAAUCGUGGCGGCCUUGGGAUGAAUAAUUUCCAGCAACGUAGAGGCGGUGGGCCCGGCGGCCCGAUGCGCGGUGGGCUAAUGGGAAACCCGAAUUUCCGGAGCCAUCCUUUUCAAAAUCAAAACCAAAACCGGAGAGGAGCAAACAAUAACUUCAACAGACCGGGAAAUCAGGGUCCACAGCUGGCUCCCCAAAAACCACAACAGAACCAGUCGCUGCCAAUAAUCCCUCCGCCGAGCCCCGGCCCGGCUCUCACAAUGAAAGGCCCGAUGCAGCAGCAGCAGAAGCCGGCAGAACAACAGCCGGAUCCGCAGCAGCAACGGACACCGACAACCCCUAACGUUACACCCCAGCCGAAGAUUCAGUCACCUGCGCCCAAACCCAUCAUGACCUCCCCUCCACCUAACCAGGCAAACAAGAACCAGAACCCGCAGCUCAAGUCACCGGUGGGGAAUGCUAACGGACAGCAGCAGAAGCAGCCUCCACACCCGAAGCCGUCGCCACAGCAAGGCCCUAAGCCGUCGCCACAGCAGGGCCCGAAACCAGGACCACAGCAAGGCCAGAGGACAGGCCCUCCUCAAGGCCAGAGAACAGGGCCACCGAUGAUGCCCCCCAGACAAGAGCGGGAGGUACCGGAUAAUAUGGACAUCGCUGAAGCGGAGUCCGGAGGGAGCCAGCCGAAGCCUUUUAUUGCAACACUGUCCAUGUUGUUGAAACCUGGUGAGAAGUCAUACACACAGCGGUGUCGUCUGUUCAUUGGGAACCUGCCCAACGACAUCACAGAGGAAGAUUUCAAGAAGCUGUUUGCAAAAUAUGGGGAGCCCAGCGAGGUCUUCAUCAACAAAAACAAAGGCUUUGGCUUCAUCCGAUUGGAGUCCCGUGCACUUGCAGAGAUAGCAAAAGCAGAGUUGGAUGACACACCUAUGAAAGGCAGACCCCUGCGUGUCCGAUUUGCUACACACUCUGCAGCUUUGUCUGUGAAGAAUCUGUCACCAUUUGUUUCCAAUGAGCUCCUGGAAGAAGCUUUCUCACAGUUUGGAAUGGUCGAGAGGGCCAUUGUCAUUGUGGAUGACCGUGGGCGAUCCACCGGCAAAGGCAUUGUCGAAUUUGCCUCCAAACCUGCUGCCAGAAAGGCCCUGGAUCGGUGCAACGAGGGGGUAUUCCUGCUCACCACGCAACCCCGGCCUGUUGUGGUUGAGCCUCUGGAGCAGUUUGAUGAUGAAGAUGGUCUUCCAGAGAAAUUGGCCCAGAAAAACCCCAGAUAUCAAGCAGAGCGUGAGGAACCUCCUCGUUUUGCUCGUCCAGGCACUUUCGAAUUCGAAUACUCCAAGCGAUGGAAGUCCCUGGAUGAAAUGGAGAAGCAGCAGAGGCAACAGGUAGAGAAGAACAUGCGUGAGGCUCGUGAGAAGUUGGAGAGUGAGAUGGAGGACGCUUACCAUGAGCACCAGGCCAACCUGCUCCGACAAGAUCUUCUGAGGCGACAGGAGGAACUGCGACGCAUGGAGGAGUUGCACAGUCAGGAGAUGCAGAAGAGGAAAGAGAUGCAGCUCAGACAAGAAGAAGAGCGACGCAGGCGGGAGGAAGAGAUGCUUCGCAAGAGGGAGAUGGAAGAACAGAUGCGCCGCCAGCGUGAGGAGAACUACAGGAUGGGCAACUUCAUGGAUAGGGACAGGGAUAUAAGGAUGACUCCUGGUGGAGCUUUGGGCAUGGGUGAUAUGCCCUUUGGUGGAUCCAACCAGAAGUUCCCCAUGGGUGGACUGGGCUUUGAGGGAAAGCAGGGAAUGGGACCAUCAUCAGGAGGCUUGAUGGGCAACGAAAUGCGCAAUGAGCGCUUCGCCCAGGGUGGUCCUAGGGGAAUGGGUCCUGGUAACCCGGGGUUCGGCAGGGUCCGUGAGGAGUUUGAUGGUCCGUCUAAGAAACCCCGUUUUUAAACGCUGCUCUUUGACACUCCCAGCAGCACCAUUUGUAUAGAUUAUCCAAAACAAACGUGCAUUCAUUUCUUGUAUUUAAGUUUAAAUUGUUGCUACAUUUUAGCUUGACAAUUGACAAUUUUAUGACUAAGUCAAUAUUUUCAUUUUUUACUUUGUGUUGUCAGUAGUAUGGAAAGAGGUCAAUCACAUGUGGUCCGUUAGUUCUUUCUGACCCAUGUAUAAUUUUCUUUUCUAGAUGUAUUAUGCUCUGUGAGUCGCCGUGAAGUGAUAAUUGUAACAUUUUUCUCAACUUUCUAUGGCUGUGUUUUGUGCCAUACAUUUGGAGUCAAAGCAUGUAUUAUAAUAAAGAGACAUUGGUUCUAUCAGGACAAACCUUUAACAUUUAUUCUUAAAAGUUGAAAAGAACAAUUCGUUAGCAAAAAGCAACCAAAUCCUAACAGUUGGUUGUUUGCAAAAAAUGAAAUGUGGAUAAAACUGCCACAUUAGGUCUUAAUGGCUCUAUGUGUUAUAUCUGCCACAGUCCUGACCUCUUUUAUUCAGUGAUGCAUAUAACAUAAUCUAAAUUUGUGUGGCCUGUCUGAAGCAUAUGCUCGCUGCAAAUGUCCCACCUUGUUUUCUUUAUUUUCUUCCCAGCAAAUUCAGAUAACAAGCUGACAUCCUGUAUACGUACUAUUGUCGGUUUAUUAACAAAUAAGUAAGCUGGGACACGGCUAGUGCAAAUGGCACAGACAAAGACUAGUUGGCACUUAAUAUUGUAAUGUAAAGGAAACUUAGUUUAUUGUGUAUUUUUAAAACAAUUUCACUCCACAAGCACUCAGUGGAAAUGGAGUGCUCAACUCUUUGAAACAUAAAACUUUGGCAUCCAGUAAUUUUACAGUCUUGCUUCAGGAGAGCAGAAAUAUUACACAUAGAACCAUUAAGAAAGUGUGUGUGUGUGUGUGUGUGUGUGUGCGCGCUCAUCACCUACUCGCCUGUCACUCAUACUGUGCACAUUAGUGUGUGUCUUGUGUGCAUGUUUGGAACCAGGGGUUAAUGGCUGUGUUUACAUGCAGGCUAAUAAUAUAAUAGGAUCACCUUGGUCACGCUUAUUAAACUUGUAGCAAAAUCAUCAAUUGUCAUAGAAAAGGUGACCAAAAAAAACUGCACUUCUAGUUAGUGUUGCCUUCGUCGUAGCAUCUGGAUUAUGUUUGAAAUUGUUAUGAAAUUUAUUUAUUACGAAAGCAACAACCUUUUGACUGUUUUGUAUUUCUCUUAAUGAUGACUUUUUGGACAUCAUUAAGCUUUUAGCCUCAGUUAUGCUUCUAGCAUUGAGAUCAGGAUACAAGGGCCCUUUCACACCUGCCUCAUUUGAUCUAAACCACAAUUGCAGGUGUGAACCUUUUUUGACAAAACGAUGUGGUCUCAGUUCGGGUCCAACCAACCACUGUUCCGUUCUAGUGCAAACAUUCUUUUUGUAUGGGUUCUGUUAAGUUCUGGCAGUCUAUUGCCAGAACCAUAAAGUGCAUUGCAGCAAAACUACGCCUGGUAGCACAUGGCGAGAAGAGACAAAGUUAUUAAUUAUGGUUAUUAUAGCUGCAGAGAAAUUAAUGUUAAUUUUUCUCCAUUCAAGCUGCGAUAGAAGGCUACAUGCUGGAUUGACAACAUGUCUGUCAGACGUAUGCCCCUCUACAAACCAAUCAAAAGUAUAGGGAGAUGCAGCUCACUUAUGUGAUGACGACAGGAUGUAGCUAUGUCAUCUAUAUUUUAAUUCAUUUGAAUAAUAGCAAUGGGAAACCAAAACUAACUGGAUCAACUGUACAGUGUAACAAAAAGGCAGACCUUUUAAGGUGUGAAAAUGCCCUAAAAAGCCCCAAUGCAAAAUUACUAGAUGUUGGCAUUGUUUUAGCAGUGUUAUUAAGCAAAUACAAGGCCUAUAACCACAGUCCCCUAAGUGAUAAAAGUGAAAACAGUUUAAACAUGGUAACAGCUUCUUAGUUAGUUGGCACCAAGUUACUAUCUAAGUUUGACUGAUCCUUUACAAACCUUUUUUGGGUACAAUAGAGGUCAACAGAGUCUUGAAGUAUUGACAUGACAUUUUAGGUGUUGACUGUAAUUGUUACACUAUUUCUUGGCAUGAGUAAAUCUGCCUUUAGUGGCAAGAGGCUCAGCUGACAACAUGCAUAGUGGUCAGUUUUGAAAGCAGGAUAACCACCAGAAACUAAAGCUCAAAUAUAGUUAAGUUCCAUCUAUGGAUAAAAAUAUAAUCCCUAGUCUAUUCAUGUGUAUUAAUGAUUUUCAUAGAGCUAUGUUAAACUAGUAUAACACAAGUCAGAAAACAUAGCCAGUGUUGCUAUUAGAUAUACAUCCUAAACUUGCACUACUUGUAAUUGUGUGCUGUGACGAUGCAUUCAUUUUUCUGGACCUGUAAGAAGACAAGAAAUCCAGAGAUUCAGUUCUGGCUUUCAGAAUAUCAAGUAAGGUAAACUUCAUCGUUGGCUGUUAUUGGAUUGGAAAAUGGACACACUCUGUUACACCUUUUCGACUUUGUUACUCACAAGACAUGCUGACAUUUCACUGUCGACAGCUUGUAUAUUCCCUUUUAAAUUUUGUCACUACACAGAGGGAAGACUGUUUUAAUUGGCUUCAUAAUCUAAUACCAUUUAACACUGAAUUUCAAUGUGAAUUGGGUUGCACAGAUCCAUUUUCAUGUGGCUGAAACAAGUUUCCCCGCAUGCUCUGCAGUUUAACUGUGGGUAAUGGACUAGCCUUACUGUUUUACCUCGGUACAGCUAGAAACUGCAGUAUUUAUAUACUUUACCAAAGUUCUGGUUUCGGUCUGUUUUGAGGCUUGACUUCUCACACUGCCUCUUAUUAUUGAGAUUCAACAUUGCCCAAUGACCAGUCCCUUUCUGUAUUUGAGGGGUUGUAGUUGCAUUAAUGUGUGUUGUGACAAUAUUACAAGGCGCAGGAGCCCACAAAUCGUCUCAAAAGAAAACGGAACACUUAACAACCUUAUUUAUACAGAUGUAGUUAGCUGCCUUCUACGCAGGAUGCAAAGCCUUAAAAUUGGGUACAAUGAAUGUAUAAUGCUUGGUAUUAAUUACCAUGCGAUAAUUUACCAAAUCUCUUGAAUUGUGAUGGCAUGCUACCCCUUGUUAUCAUCUAAACCCAUAAACAACAGAUUGUACCUAAACUCUGCAAGUUUAUCAAUUGCUAGUCAAGUUGUAUCAUAAUUACCUUAUGAAAGACACCCCCGUUAUUAAGUUGUCCUUGCAAAUGAAAUUAAAUAUUUUUGUUCUGCUGCCCACUUUGGCUGCUCCCCAUGAAUCCUGUCAGUACCUCUUUUGAGCUAUUGUAAAAUCACUUGGCAUCAAAUAGACGCUGGCUUGCCUCAGCAAGCAUUUGAGUUUUGUGGUAGGAGAUGUGCUGUGUAAGUAUGCUUGCAUUAAUUACAACUUCAAUCUUGACAAGUAUAAUUGUUACCGUGACUGCAUUUUUGUUAUGAAAAUGGAGAAUAUUCUGAGAUGAAGCAUGUGUUUGAAAUCUCAUACUAACGUACCGUACUACUUGCUCAGUCACAAUGUACUGCAUACUGCCUAAUAAAUGAACGAUUAAGUAUGCCAUUAUCUCGUAAGGUUACCUAAAGCAGCACUUAACUAUUCGGAAUCAAUACGACACAGUAAAUGUAAAUGUUGCGGAAGUUGUCAGCUGCGUUGGCUCCAGUGGUCUCUGGGGCAAGAGGAGACUAAGUUUGACUGACCGGCUGGCUUACUACCUACCUCCACAGGUGCUUCUGGAGUUCUCCACUCUAAAAACAUUGGAGCUUAUUUUCAAUUUACUCAGUUUUUGUAAAGCUGCCAAUUUUCAAAAAUCCUAUUACCCAAUUUAGUGAUGAAAUAGUAUAGACAAGCAAGCAAGACAAUUGUAAACAAAUUAGUGUGAUCCAAGAACCGUCUGCUAUCACUUCACUAUUGGACAGAGACGCAAUACAUUUUGGGGCAAUUAUGAGCAGAAAGCUCAUUCUUCCUGCUGCCGAUCUAGUACCUUGCGUACCCAAAAUCCACAUACCAUGCAGUUUAAACACACAACAUCCUAAGCUUGACGUCAUACUUGGUUGGAUUAACACAUUAGUAUGUGAUUUCAAACACAGCGUUUUUGUUUAUUUUUCCCUGGCACUAGCUUGACUGACAUUCUGCAGACUGUUGAAAGUGUAUUCACAUUACGUGUAGUUGAGUGUCAUUACAACAGUGCAGCUUCUGAUACAUUUUUAUAAUGCUUUAAUUUUUAAGAUAAGUGGCUUCCAGCCUUACCUUUUUAGAGUCACUUGCGUAGUGCUCUUUUGUUGUAACAGUGUUUGUCCGCUGGCUGACUUUGGACAACAUUUGGACCUGUAACUGGAUGACUUCAAUGCGUCCUAUGGGCCUUCUAAUUUGUCAGAUAGCCAAAGACAAAUCACUGGAGUAUGAAAGAGACCAAGAAAUUUAUAAAUUACUUGUAUCAUUCAUUUUGUGCACUGCACUGUAGGGUAAUGCACACUGCACUAGACUUAAAAAUAAAAGAAUUGUUGCUUGGUUAUAAAGUAUCAAGAAAAUCAUCUUUGUGUGGCAUCUGAGAGGACUACAGAUACUUGGAGGAUUUUGGUAACAGAACUGGAUGUCAUGGAGUGUUCACCUGCAAUGUUACGUGUGUUUGUGUUAUGUACAUUUUUUCUUUAACAGGUUUGACCAGCUUUAAAGGUUUUGGACUGUGGAGGAGUAUGUGGCUGUAUAGCGUGGACUCAGGAAUGCUUUAGCAAAGAAACCAAAACUCUGGACUUGUGCAAAUAGCCUCCAUAAGAUUCACACCUGAAAAACAGAGGAUUAAAACAAGGAUGCCAGCAUUAGCAAACACAUUUGGCUUGACUCUGUAUAGUAUGGAUACAGUUAAGCAAUGACGCUGAUCUAGCCUUGUGGCUUUUCUCUUGCAUUAAAAACCCUGUAGAUAAAACAACUAUAUGCAUAAAACCCCAAGAUGUUUGACUGACUUGUAAAGGUGCAACUUAAAGGAUCUUGAAAACAUUUUCAAAAUGUAUGGUGUACUCUUAACGUUUAAAAUGCAGAUCCCGAAAUGUCAACAGAAAUUCUCUCUAGAAAGUACUUUUUUUAAAAAGGGAUUGGCAUUAUAGAGUUACAAUAAUGUUUAAGUAUAUUGUCAUUAAUUUGACAAUUUAUUUAAUAUCUUAGACAUGAUGUAGUUGCAUAACUCCUUGCACUUCUGUUGUGGGAAUGGAAGUAUAUGGGAAGGGUAGGUCUAGUCCACAAGACCAGAUUGGGGUUGGUUGGUUAAAUCCUAUGUGUAUAGGUCUCGUUAGAAAAUCUAACUUCAGUCUCCAAUUUACAACCAUUGUGUGUGUGGACCAAUGUUAGUGUGUGUUAAUCUUUCAGAUCACAUCCUUAAACUAAAUAUGAAUGCAACAUUAAACCAGCUUUAUUUACCUCACCCAAUUUCAGCCUUUGGGAUUAUUCCAGAUGUUAUACUUUUUAGAUGGCUUCUACACUGAGUUGUUUUUCUAGAUGAAAUCAUAAUUACAAUAAUUUCAAGAGUAAAAAAAUACCUUUUUUGAUGCUUUAUUCCUUCAGUUUUUUUCUCACUUUAUCAAGAUUAACACAGAAUUUAAUGCAACAACAAACCCCCUUUUGGAUUCACUUAUGUAAAUGAGACUGUCCAUUGACAGAUGUUUAAAUGAAUUUCCUUACUAAAUGUAACCUAAUAGGAAUUUCACACACAGAGAAAAGGUCAAAGUCAAAUAACCUGUUCUUUGGAAUUGGUACAAGUUGGACAAUUGGAUAUUAAAACAUGGGGAUAAAUGAAAGAUGAAAACGCGGCUUACAAAAUUUGCUAAUGUUCUUAGGAAGUAAGUAUUAAAUAAAAUAUUAGAUGUUUUUAUUAAAACAUGGCUAAUUUAGAGUUUUGCUAGACAUUAUCCUAUACACACUAUCUGAACAUCCUUCAAAACAGAAUUACAAGUUCUGAUUGACUUGACCGAAGUGUACAUUUUAAAGCUUGUAAUGUAAUGUCUGUGUGUUGGUGUUGUGUACAAUUUGUUUUUCUUUAACAGGUUUGACCAUCUUUAAAGGUGUUGGACUAUGAGAAGGAACUUUCCCUACCAAGAAAUUCAAAGUCUGUAGCUUCGGUUGGAGUGGUUUUGUUAAUGAAAAGUUAUCGUUCUCGAGGACCAAAUAGCACCUAAUUUUAAGGAAUGUACAUUUAUUGCCGAUCAUGAUAGGUGGUAGCUCUAUAACUUGGACUAUAGCUUGUUACGCUGUAGGAUAGUUUUCAAUAUUUGACCAUUCUUCUUCCAAGUACACAAGGUUGAACUACCAAGAAACACUAGACUGCCCCUACCGCAGAACACUUGCGUCAAAGCUUUGACACUUAGCGAAUUUAGAGAAAAUCACCAAAGAAAGUGUGAAUUAAUGUUUUCUUCCACUACCGUUAUGCACAUAAUGGUUGCUGGUUUGUCGACAAAUGAUGAUGGAAAUAUAUGGCAUUUGUUUUCAUGCAUUAUUUAUUUUGUUAUAUAAUAUGUAUUUAUAUUUAAUGUUACAUAGUGAUUUAUUUGCUAUGUUUCCAUUGGAUUGACCCAUUUAGCUUUUAUUGAUAGACUUCGCUUCAGCCAAGCAUUUCUCCAGUUGCACUUAAACUUGAGAGGAAAUGCAAAAAUUUUAAAUUGAUGGAUGGUGGAGUGGAUAAGACACAUGUGAGAUACGCGGGUUUGAUUCCCACUGCGACACAUCCAUUAAUGUGUCCCUGAACAAGACACUUAACCCCUGGUUGCUCCAGAGGUGUGUGAACUCUAUAGAGUCUUGUAAGGCGGUUUGGAUAAAAGUGUCAGCUAAAUAAGUUAAAGUAAUGGAAACUCACCUACAGACCUAUUUGAGGAGCAGUUUACAGUCAAGAUUUCUUAUAGUCAGUCCCCAACAGCCAACACAUUUUGCAUUAGAGCAAACUAUUUAAUCAACAUUCUUAAAGAUAAGUUCUUUGUAAGGAAUUGUGUAACGGUGGUGCCAAAGCACACUUAAAAGACUAUUAAGCAACUAAAAGAGUAAAAACAGGGAUGUCCCUUAUUGCAACAUAUUUGGACUUUGAGUAAAAGUAGUAAAAAAAAUCUUUGACGUUUUCAGAAGAGGGAUAUCCCUCAUCCCUUUGACACAAUAUUUUUAAUAGGAGUCAAGAGACUCUAAAGUAACUAUAUUACAGGGUAGGCUUGGACUGUAUUAUGUAUACCCGGGUAUUCAGAAAUCCCAAUCGCAUGAAUUGAAGUAUAAUCAAAAAUACAGACUUUACUUUUUCUGUUAAGCUGAUACGGAGAUACUCUAUUGGACCGAUGUAUUGUAGUGUAAACCCUCAGCGUAGGUGCUGGAAACUGCUUGACAUCUACAAUGCUCAACACCCUUAAAUUUUCCAGCAGCUGGUAAACAACACGGGUAUUUUAUCUGCAGCCUUUUAUUUGCUGACAAAUAAACCUACACUGUACAUUUACUGCUAAACUUCACUGGUCACCUGCCGCUCCCCCUCUCUUGCUCAACCACACACUCUCUACGCACACAAAAAGGAGCGACUCUUCUGCGACUACACCUGGUUGGAUAACGCUAAUAAAACCUCUGCCACUGUUUUGGGAGUAGUUUGAGUUUUGUCAAAUCUAUGGGAGAAGGUGCUUACCCCAUCUGUUUUUUAUGUAUCUACAAGCCCUAAGUAUUUAAAACCAUCAAGACUUGUCUAAGUAGGCUACAUGUUACAAUGAUUUCUAUCACCCAUAUACAUGCCAACCCUCCUGAUUUUCACAGGAGACUCUUGCUUUUUUUUUUUAUCGCCCUCUCCAGGUGUUGUAAUUCUCCCGAUUUUCCUUUUAAAUUUUAGACUCUAUACAACUCUCCACCCGGACAACUAGCAGGAACCUGACGCAGAAGAGAACCCCCCCCCACAACACAUUUUGACUUUGCAUUAUUGGAGUAAAAAUAGAAACCAAAACUUUGACACUGAUUUCAAAAGAGAAGUUCUUCGUCAAGAUUUUAUUUAAUCAAAAAAAUUGCUCUCCUCCCAUAUUCAUUUUCCUUUUUUGUGAAAAUUCCUGACUGUAAAGGAAACUGCACUAGUAGACGUGACCAACCUCCUAUUCACCAACCUACCUGAGGCAGGAAGUCCCGUGCACCUUACGGUUGAAGAGAGGAUGGCGUGUUGUGCCUGUGUGGUUGUGUGUAUGUUUCAUGUCUUUGGGUAAAUGAGAAGUGCGUUAGCUGCUGUCAGCCAGCUUGUCAAAGACAGGCUGCCCCAGUCCACAGUAGAGGCUCUUCUCUGCAGUUGGGUUACAUUGACGAUGAGUAGUUCUGCAGAAGUCAGUGGACAGUAAAGCCUGGACUUGUUUGCACUGCAGCCAGAGGUAUGCUUACACAGAUCAGCUGAACAAGUAAAGGUAAGUGUCCCAUCCAUGUUUAUAAUACAAGAUGCAGAGUUGUCCCAUAACUUGACUCUUCUCUCUGUCCUCUCUCAUACCAUGUCGCUGCUCACAGUGACGUUUACAGGGCUUCUGGCAUCACACUUACAAAGAAUGGCAUCACAGUGCAGAUCUGUUGUUCAAACUUUUUUGUGUGUGGAUGUGGUAAAGCAUUAUAGCCCGUGCAGUGUGUGUGUGUAUGUGGUACUUUGGCUUCUCUGUAUGUAUGCAUGAAAGGAAAUAUGUAUGGACGGCUGAGUCACUGGUUCAACACUAGAGUUUCUAAACACAGUGCUGAAACUCAACACACCUGACAUUUUGGGAACACUGGAAGUCAAGAGAGGAGUAUCCUGAUAUGUAUUUUUUUUGGCACUGCUUGAAGUAUUUAGCAAAAUGAAGUAUGAACCUAAAGCAUUAGUCUUGUACAACUGUACAAGAUAUUUCAGUUGUAUACUUGUCAUUCAGCUUGUGCUGACUUUGGUGAUUCUUGCUCUUUCUACACACUUUUUGGCAUAUUUAAAAAGUAAUUAGCAAUGGUAAUAGGCAGGUUGUGUGCAACAAUGUACAAAGUUUAACACAAAGCCCAACUCAUGGCGUUUACUACUGUAAUGCUUUAAGAAGGCUUUUUGGUUAGUUUUAGGGGGAGGGGGGGUUGUGCUGUGCUUCUUUUACAUUUUACAGUCAAAUAAUGUAGUGUCUGAUCAAAAAACUAAAAACAAUUAUUUCUGGUUUUGUACCUUUUUCAAUAUAUUUGUCGCCAUUUCAGAAGAGCGACAGACAAUCUUUGUUUCACAUGAAUUAGUAGUCCUAGUGUGGAUCACAAAUCAUUAGUGAUUCAAACUAUUUAAAUGUUAUAGCACUUUUGUUUAUCAAUGAAUUUUGUAGACAUUGCAUUGACCUUGGUAACAGACAGAGCUGCUCCAUCUGUCAUCACUACUCCUGACUCCCUCUGUCUCUGGUUUUGUCUCUAAAGCUAUAAACAUUAAUCUUUGUGGGACGGGGUUGGGAUGUCUUUGCAGUUGCGAAGUGAAACAUGUCUCAUGCUGUUUGGGUUGCUCUGGGUGGGAUUGUAGAAAAUGAAAAUCCCCUUGUCAGACAUCCUGUUUGUUAAUCAAGUGCAGAUUUCCUGUACUUUGAUCCUUAAAACACAACCAUUGUAACGUUGUUUGUGUAGAUGGAGUUUGGUGUGGAUUAUUUUCUUUCUCUUGAAAAUGCAAAUGUUAAAAUUCAAACUAAUUAUUUUAGAUCAUUUUGAGCAAUUUCUCGUUGCUUUCAAAUAAACUCUGUAUUGAGUAAAGGACUAUAAACUUGGGAUUUAGUUUGGGCCCUAUGAAAUCUGAAUUUUUCCCAGAUUAUUUUUUCACAAAUUUCCUAUUACAUGAUUUAAGCACAUUUUGUCAUCAGUGUGUAAUCAUGUGUUGGAUGAAUAAAAUGUCAAUAAUUCUAUAGGAAAAUGCUAUAUAGGAUCAAUGAAUUUGAUGUAUGAUGCAAGUACGCCUAUAGAAAUGUAUGUGCAAUGUUAUUCAUUUAUUUCACCCGUACAUACCUGUAAAUUUUCUGUUCUUUUGGCUUACGAGUUGUGAGAAACGCUAUAAUAAUGAUAGGGAAAAGCCUGAUUGGCAAAUUCAACGAUUGUCCUGUAUUACAGAUUACUAAAUUAUUAAAUUCCGUCCAUAUUUUCUGUAUUGCGGAGUAUAUCUCAUUAAGUGUCUCCACUCUGACCACACCCAUUGCUAAUUACAACAGACAACUGCCAUGGUUGCAUGCCGGUGUUCUGAAAAGAACGUACAGUUAGUUAUUGUUUGUCCGCAGACUUUUUUCCAACAAUGUCAGCAGCUGUGACACACAGAUUAUGAAUUAAGGUACUUUCAAAUGCCAGAUUAUCGUAAUUAAAAAGUCUCACUUUCUUGGAGUCAUAAAAUUGAACAGACAUUUUUAGAUUGUGUGAUUUGCACUAACCCAAGAAUAUCAUGUCUUCAAUGUCCAUCACGAUUAAACAUCUAAAAAUCAAAGAAAUAGACACUCCUUAAGACUUCAGAACAAGACUGAGUCACCACGUUAAGUUUUCAUCAUUAUCCAAGUAAUCCCGUGAUAAUUGUCUGUACAUCCAUGGGUAUAUUAGGACCUGCUAAAAGCAAAUUCGGCAUACUUUCAUGGCAACAUUGUGCUUCCUGUUUACAUCCCCCAAAGCAUCAAGGUAACUGUAGUUCUAAAAAAUCAUUCUGGUAAAGGGGGGGGGGGGGACCACUUAUUUCUUUAAACCAGUCACUAAGCCCAGGAUGCAGCGACCUUGCAAUAUGGUGUGAGAAGAUAGCGGUCUUAUACCUACGGCUGACUUCCUCUGAGCCAGGCUGUUUUUCCCCUCAACAGGGGGCCACAAUAAAAAUGCUGUGAUUUAUACUUUUGAACAGUGACUGCUACUUCACAAUAAUAUACUGCCUGAAAGAUAUAAAAAAAUAACCAAAGGGGCCUGUUUGUGAUGUGACACAUAAUCGCUUAAUGAAUAAUCAGUGAAAAUAAAUUAAACUUAAAACUUUGAAGAUUGAUCUUAAAUGAUGGUUGGGUUUGGGUGUAAAACAGCAAAUAAUAUAUUAACUUUUAGUUGUUGGGUAUUUGUUAUCAAUGAGUUGUUUUUGAGAAGGAAAAGUGAAUCGUUCUUCUGAGUGAAAUUUUGCGGUAGUGCCGGACUGCUGCUUUCCUCUCCUGUUGUUACUACUUAAUACUCAUGGUUUGUCCUUCUUCCUGUUAACUUGUCAUGUCAGUGACCAGCCAGCCAUUUCGAUACAGUACAUCACGACUGGCAUUUUCCUUUUGUUGCUUGUACGCAGGAGUUGUCUUGUAGCUGUAAAAGGGCCGUGGUCCUACCUGGAGUCUAUGGUUCUCACAAGCUCUGAUCAGCCAAUGCCAUGAAUCAAGCCCUGGAGGCUGUCAAAGUAUUUCUCUGCACUGUGAUCCAUUUUCUAACUAAGUACUCAAUCCUGAUUGGCCAAAAUCUUUAGUCUGUCCUGUUUUUAGAGUGUGAUGCCAGAAUAACCCUUUUGGCCUCUAAUGGCCUCUUAUAAAAGGGCACUGCCCAAAAUCUGCAAGACUGACACUGAAAAUGAGCAAGUCUACUUCUGUACAAGGUUAUGGUGCAGCUCCCAGCUCUGUUUGGGGUUCUGCAAUAACACUCCUGAUGUAUCAGUACGAAGUCCAGCUUUGUAACAGUAUUACCUUCCCCCGAGGUUUGCAACAUAUUUGAACGUCGUUGUCAUGAGUUUGUCUCGUCCCCCUCUGCAGUUUGCAAACAAAUGAAUGUACAUUAGGGUGCUGAGAUGCCUCUAACUGUAUAUUAGAUUCAUUACACUUCAUACUUUUCCUCACAUUGACAUACACACUGAGUUAUUUACAUGUAAUGCAUGUUCACAUUCUAAGAUAACCUGAAUUUACAUUGACAACACAUGUUUGGUUUUCUGUUCUCCACAGCCACUGCCCAAACACACACACACUACACAUACAUAGAGAACCACAGGAUGUGUUUUUUGUCGUUAGGAGUGGCAACCUUACAACAGUAGGGGUAUAUAAAACAAUCAAAGUAAUGGUAGGAACCUGCUGACCAGUUCACUGCCAGGCUCUCAUUGUUUGUCUCUCAUCACAGGAGCCUCGACCAGUGGAAGGAGGCUGAGAAUCUACACCAUUAAACCAUGGUAUGAAGACUGAUGAUAAAAUGCCAGAGCUGCAGGAGAACGAGCAACCGCACUGUGGUGACCCCAGGAUGACUUCCAUAGCUGCAGGUGGUGAUGCAGUACCAGGAGGUAUCCAGCAGAGGACAAGCAGCCUGCAGUCCAGAGAAGGAGAUGCACUGUUUUGGAUUUUUGCCUUAAACUUUUAAUAAUAAAUAAUAUAAACCUG